AUGGGGGCACAAUUCGGCAGCCUUGCGUUUCUCAAGGGCGGCGAGUUCUUCAUGGACUCGGCCAACAUUGUUGACCUCUACUACCCGAAUGUCUCCAAAGCAUUUACAAAGCCCGUGUCGACUGCUUCCGUCCAUAUACACGGCUUUGACUGGAUGCAAGCCUUCCCCGGCAAGCCUUUCGAGGGCGAUGGCCACGGCGUGCAUCUUGCGGUGGCCCAGGAGAUGAUGAUGAAUGAAUCUGUUGUGCAGCACAGUAGCACCGUCCUGACCUCCUUGACCUUUAGCACCCCGGAGGCGUUGAUGGUCAACGGCUACCCUGCGCCCAUGCACGACUCGUGGCACAUUUGUCGCCACAUCUUCAUCUCAACAACGCCGUCGGUCAAGAAAGCCGCGGACAAUGGCAAAGGCUGCGACAGCCUCCCCGACAAGUAUUUUGACAGGACUGUUCUCAUGGACAAGACUUUGGGCUUGCUCCACACCAGCGCCAACCAGCAGAAGGAUAGCUGGCGUAUCGGCACCGGCUAUCACAGCCCGGGCGAUGCCGGCCCAUUCGCAACUGCCGCCGAGAGAACAUAUUUGGUAGCGACGGUUUGGGGCUACAGCGCAACGGCAGAUCCAAAGUCCAUCAAACUCCCGGAAGUGUCAUUCGCAUGUCUCUCAUCCGGCAAAGCCUACGUUCCGUCGUCGCAACCUCCUCCUUCCACGUCCACAACGACGACGACCACCUUCACCACCACCACGCCAACUGGCACGCCCACACAGACGGCUAUCCAAAGUGAUGCUGCUUACUACGACGACUUUACCAAUGGCAUGGUACAGUGGACCGUGUAUGACGGAUCAUACAUCGUCGACUCCAACGCGCUCACGGCGGCCAGCUCGGGCGGCGGCAAAGUGCUUUUGCACAGCAGCUAUGCCGACUUCAGCUUUGAGACGGACCUCACUCUCCCCUCUGGAUCCGGCGACGUUGGCUUCCUCUUCCGCAUCUCCAAUCCUGGCAAGGGCCCCGACACGUACGACGGGUACUACGCCGGGGUCAGCACCAGCGGCAGCGUCAUGAUUACCAAAAUGGCCGGCAGCUGGCACGGGCUCGGCACGGGCACAACGAACUGGCAGGCCGACAAGGUGCACCGCCUCAAGGUGCGUGCCGUCGGUCCGGCGCUGAGCUUUUUCGUCGACGACAUGCGCGUGCCCAAGCUGAGCGUCCAGGAUGACGCCUUCCGCGCUGGUAUGGACGGGUUCCGCGUCAACGGCGUCUCGGCCAAGUUUGACAAUGUGCAGAUCCUGCCUCUGCGCUUUGUCGAUGACUUUUCAAGUAGGAACACCAAUCAGUGGACCGUUUACGAUGGGUCGUUUGACGCCAAGUACGCUGUAGCUAUCGCCAACGGUUCCGACGCGUGCAAGGCGCUCAUCAGUGACCAGCUCUUCUCUGACUUUUCGUACGAGUCCGACUUGAGCCUCGGCAGCGGUGGCGGGAACGCGGGUCUCAUGUUUCGCGCCUCGAGCCCUCACGCUGGAGCGGAUGGAUACUACGGCUACUAUGCAGGCAUCGGCGACGGCUUCGCCGUUGUUGGCCGCUCGGAUAAUAGCUGGAAUGAGCUGCAGCGGGUGACUCUACCCGGAUUCGAUGCUAAACAGAGGCAUCGGAUCAAAGUGCAGGCAAAGGGCUCUCAAAUUUCUUUCUUUGUAGACGAUUUAUUGGUUCCCAAGAUACAGAUUCACGAUACGAUCUACCACAGCGGCCGAAAUGGUGUCCGGACAUACCAGAUUAUGGGGGUUUUUGACAAUAUCGAGAUAUACACCAUGUAG